GGCGGGCCUCGGCUUGGUGCCUACUGGGUGGGAGGUUGCUGCCGCGGCCAACGAAAGAGGAAGGGCACGACAUGGCCGCGCUGAAAGUCUCUCGGGUGUUACGAAGCAUUGCUACAUGCGGUUGGAGAUCACAAUCAAGUCAAGCUGCUGCAACAUCACCCAAAAGUAAAUCAGCAGCUGGAUUUAGCUUUGAACUUACUGAUGAACAGAAAGAAUUUCAAGCUACAGCUCGUAAAUUUGCUAGAGAGGAAAUCUUGCCUGUUGCUGCCGAGUAUGACAGAACUGGAGAGUAUCCUGUUCCCCUCAUAAAAAGAGCAUGGGAGCUCGGCUUGAUAAAUUCACAUAUACCAGAGAGCUGUGGUGGCCUUGGCCUUGGCAGUUUUGAUGCCUGCCUUAUUACUGAAGAAUUAGCUUAUGGAUGUACAGGGGUUCAAACAGCUAUUGAAGCAAAUUCCCUGGGUCAAAUGCCAGUCAUCAUUGCAGGAAAUGAGCAGCAGCAGAAGAAAUAUCUGGGAAGAAUGACAGAGGAACCUAUGAUGUGUGCCUACUGUGUAACAGAACCUGGAGCAGGCUCUGAUGUAGCAGGUUUAAAAACAAGAGCCGAAAAGAAAGGAGAUGAAUAUAUAAUUAAUGGACAAAAGAUGUGGAUCACCAAUGGUGGCAAGGCUAACUGGUAUUUUUUAUUGGCUCGUUCUAGUCCUGAUCCCAAAGCUCCUGCAGGCAAAUCUUUUACUGGAUUUAUUGUGGAAGCGGACAGCCCUGGAAUACAAAUUGGAAGAAAGGAACUUAAUAUGGGUCAACGCUGCUCAGAUACAAGAGGGAUUGUUUUUGAGGAUGUGAGAGUGCCCAAAGAGAACGUAUUAAUUGGUGAAGGUGCUGGCUUUAAAAUUGCCAUGGGAGCAUUUGAUAAAACAAGGCCUCCGGUAGCUGCUGGUGCCGUAGGGCUAGCACAAAGAGCUUUGGAUGAAGCUACAAAGUAUGCUAUGGAAAGAAAAACCUUUGGAAAGGUCAUUGCAGAGCACCAGGCAGUGGCCUUCAUGUUGGCUGAAAUGGCAAUGAAAGUGGAGCUUGCUCGCUUGGCUUACCAAAGGGCAGCAUGGGAGGUAGAUGCUGGUCGUAGAAACACCUACUAUGCAUCUAUUGCAAAGGGAUACGCUGGAGACAUUGCAAAUCAAGUAGCUUCUGAUGCCGUCCAGAUUUUUGGAGGAAAUGGAUUCAAUAGUGAAUACCCAGUAGAAAAGCUAAUGAGAGAUGCCAAAAUAUACCAGAUAUAUGAAGGCACAGCUCAGAUACAGAGACUGAUUGUAGCGCGUGAACACCUUGGCAGGUUUAAGGGUUGAGAACUUUUGAAGAGAGUCAAGGGCAUGUAUUAACCUGAUGCUGCAAACAUUUGUCUUUAUUCUGGUAUGCUACUUUUAAGAUUGAAAAAAUAAAAUGGCCUCAAAGUACAGUAGUAGCAUAUCUGUUUCAGAUCUUCAAUAUAUGGAAAAAAACUUGUUAAUUAUUGAAACUGUUAGCCAGAGACCUCUUGAAAAAUGGGUUAUUAGAUACAUGUUGGUACAUGUGGUUCUUUUUAGUUGGUUUUUUAGUGGCUGUUUUUACUUUCACCUUACUCCAUAGUUACUUGGUUAUCCCUGUCCUCUGAUCUUCUCGCAAACACCUUUUAAAGUGCCUCAAAUUGGACUUGUGACAUUGUAUUGGAUUAAGGAGUUCAUACCAAUAUUGGCAGUUUAGGGUUUUUGUUUUCUAUUUGCAAAUUAUGUAAUUUGGGAGUAGAGCCACUUAAGAAUGUUUGUUUCUGUGGAAUAAGAAGAUUCUGGACUCACCAUUUUAUCAUACCAAUUAUUACCAAAUAAUGCAUAUUGUACACAAUGUAAGGUGUGAAAUUAUAAUGACUAUCAAGUCAGCUGUACUGUGACUGUAUUUUAAUUUUGCCAUUUCUCUAUAUAGUGUAGCAAUGCAAAACAGCUGUAGUGUGGAUUUUUUUUCAACAACAUACAAAGAGCAAUGUGAAACAGACUUAACAAUGAACCUUACUUUAGAAAUCAAUGUGUACCUCACACCAUGCUACAGUAUGCCUCAGAACAAAUUGCCUUAUACUCGGAAAAGCCACGUUACUAUGUAUAUUGUAUUAACUUCUAUGAAAAAAUAAAUAUUUUUCAUUUUAUGACUUUGGAAACGGAAGAGUAGCAGUUUUGCAAACAACUUUGUAUGUUGUUGUUGUAAAACAAAACCUAUGGUGCCUGUGUUGAACUUUUCAAUUAUCUGAAGAGUAUACAUAAUGGUUUUGGUGCCUUUAGCCUGAUUAUAUCAACCUUACUAAAUAAAUGCUUUAUUACACUCAAAUA